AUGCGGCUGCAGAGCUUCCCGGUCCCCACCGUCCUCCUCCCGCUGCUGCUGCUGCUGCUCGGGCUCUGCAGCGGCACAAGUUUUCCAAGUAACAUCAACAUAGGAGGCCUUUUCCCCACCGGCUCCCAUGAAUACGAGGUUUUUCGUUUUGCCCUGGCGCAACACCAGGAGGUCCCCAAACUGGUGCCACAAGUGGACAUGGUGGACACAGGGAGCAGCUUCGCCAUGACCUACGCCUUCUGCUCCCAGUUCUCAAAGGGCGUGUAUGCCAUCAUGGGCCUGUACGACCGACGGACAGUCAACAUGCUGAUGUCUUUCUGUGGCUCUCUGCACGUCUGCUUUGUCACGCCGUCCUUCCCCGUUCAGACCAACAACCAGUUUGUCCUGCAGCUGCGGCCCCAGCUGCAGGAGCCCCUCAUGGCCCUGCUGGAGCACUUCGACUGGACCAGGUUCGUCUACAUGUACAGCGCUGACUCAGGUCUGUCGGUGCUGCAGAGGAUCUUGGACACGGCGGCUGAGCGGACUUGGCAGGUCACCUCCGUUAACUUGGACACUCUGACAGAAACUGCCUUCAUCAAGCUGCUGACCGACCUGGACUAUAAGAAGGACUUUCAGAUCAUCAUCGACUGUGAGCUGGAACGACUCCACUCUAUCCUCAACCUGAUUGUUGCUCAGAAGAGAAACUUAAAGAACUACCAGUACAUCCUGGCCAAUCUGGGCUUCAUGGACCUCAACAUGACGGAGUUUCAGAAGCUGGGGCCGAACGUGACGGGCUUCCAGCUGGUGAACUGGUCUGAUCCAGCUGUGGAGAAGAUCAAUCAGGAAUGGCUGGACUUUGACAGCAAAGACCUGAAGCUGGCCCGCAGAAUGCUAAAGUACACAGGAGCUCUGACCUACGAUGGCGUCAGUGUCAUGGCGACGGCUUUCCAGAACCUGCGGCGGCAGCGAAUCGACAUCUCUCGCCGGGGCAACGCAGGGGAGUGUCUGGCAAACCCUCCUGCACCAUGGGGGCAGGGCAUCGACAUACAAAGAGCACUGCAACAGGUGCGUCUGGAGGGGCUGACGGGUCGAGUUCAGUUUGAUGAGCGAGGACAUCGCACCAACUACACUCUCACUGUCAUGGAGCUCAGCCACAUCGGACCCAGGAAGAUUGGUUACUGGAACGAGAAGAGAGGCUACGUGAACACAGCCGUUUACAAGCCGGUGUUGGAGGAGUUCCACGGUCUGCAGAACAGAACAUACGUAGUCACCACCAUACUGGAAGCUCCCUACAUGAUGCUGAAGAAGAACCAUGAGCAGUUUGAAGGAAAUGAUAAGUACGAAGGUUACUGUGCUGAACUGGCCGCAGAGAUUGCCAAACACGUCGGCUUUGUCUACCGACUCGAGCUGGUGGGUGACGGCAAGUACGGCGCCAGAGACACUGAAUCAAAGAUGUGGAACGGCAUGGUGGGAGAACUGGUGUACGGGAAGGCCGACGUGGCGGUCGCCCCUCUGACUAUCACUCUGGUGCGAGAGCAGGUGAUCGACUUCACCAAACCCUUCAUGUCUCUGGGAAUCUCUAUCAUGAUCAAGAAACCCACCAAGUCCAAACCGGGCGUCUUCUCCUUCCUCGACCCGCUGGCCUACGAGAUCUGGAUGUGCAUCGUCUUUGCCUACAUCGGAGUGAGCGUGGUGCUCUUCCUGGUGAGUCGUUUCAGUCCUUAUGAAUGGCAGGCCGACGACUCAGAUGAUGAAGAUGAUACUCUGCCCUCAUCUCGACGCGCUCUGCCGACUUCAUCCUCUGAACUCGCUCACUCUCCAGGGUACUCCCAGGCUCAGGUCCAGAACCAGAACCAGCAGAAAGAAAAAGAGACUCUCGAACACACCAAUGACUUUGGGAUCUUUAAUUCUCUUUGGUUCUCACUCGGGGCCUUCAUGCAGCAGGGCUGUGACAUCUCCCCCAGGUAGGACACCUGGACAAACGCACCUGUGUGUCAA